AUGUAUCUAAAGCUAGACAAAGAAGGAAGAUUUGGGUAUUUAUAUAUAGAAAAUACUAUAUUCUCUUAUAACAUAGCUAAUUAAUAUGGAGGAGCUUUACUUAUAGAUAGUACUGAUUUGGAACUUUUUAAAAGUGAAUUUAAAUUCAAUAAAGCUUAAAUUGGAGGAGCAAUAAGAUAUUUAAAUUGUAAGCCUUAGUUUGUUUUUGAUUUAUAAAAUCAAGAAAAUUUAAAAGAGAUUUUAUUUGAAGAUAAUUAAGCUUCUAUCUAUGGGUAAGAUUUUACUUCAGUUCCUUUCUAUUUAGAAUAUAUGAUUCUUGAAAGUGAUGAUAAUAAUGAUGAUGAUUUUAUAGUGGAUAAAAUAGAUUCUGAAUAGCAUGUAUUUUAAUUCGGCAGUGGUCACAGUCUAUAAAUUCAAAUUAUAAUUCUGGAUGAACACAAAGAAGAAAUAUUGUUUUAAAAUAUUAUAGGAAAUUCAGUUGAUAUAGAAAGAGAAUUCGAAAAUUAUUUAGUUUAACUGAUAGUAAAGAAAAAUAGUAUUUAUUUAGAAAACAAUCUGAUUUUUAUAAAGGCAGAUCAAAAUAGCCUAAUUUUUAAAAAUGUUAUUGUUACUGGAAUUCCAUUAACACAUUAAGUAUUUUAUAUCUAAGCCCCAUUUUUGCAUACAUUAGAGUAGUCAAAUCAAAUAAUAAAUGUUUUAAAAGAGUAUCCAAUUAAUAUUCAUUUUAGAAAUUGUAAGCAAGGAGAAUUUUAUUUAUAAUCAGAUUUAAGAAUUAAAUGUAUCGUUUGCUAAAAUAAUACAUAUAGUCUUGUAGAGAUACCACCAGAUAAAAUUAUCAAUGAUACUAUUUAGUGUAAACCUUGUCCUGAUUCUGCUGACUAAUGUUACGGAAAUAUUAUUGAGGUCAAGCAAGGUUAUUGGAGAAUAAGUAAUAAUUCUGAUGAUAUAAUAUAUUGCGAAGAUAAUCCAAGCAACUGUGUAGGUUAUUCUGAUUAUAAAAAUGGUACUUAUUGUAAAGAAGGGUAUAUUGGACCUCUUUGUGAAUAAUGCGAUACUUCUGGAAAAUUUUGGUAAAAGAGAUAUACCUUUAUAUCAGAAUAUGAAUGCUAAGAGUGUGAUGUUUUUAAUGCUUAUGUUAGACAAAUUUUAAUACUUCUAGGGAUAACAAUUUACAUUUUUAUAAGUUUGAAUUUGGCUCAUAGAAUAUAUAAAAAAUUAGCAAUAGUUUAUUACUUAAGAAUGAUGAAUAUUAUUAGCUUUGGAAAUAGCGUUCUUACUUAUGUCAUUAAUGAUAUAGAAUUAGACCUUCCUUAUUAGAUUGAUAUGACCUCUGAGUUGCUAGGAAAUCCAGUAGGAACUUUUACAUUUACAAUAGAUUGUAUUUUCCCUGCUGAUAUGAAAAUUCCUUAAGUAUACGUGUGGGCUCUUGUUAGCACAAUAAUUCCAAUAAUUUUCUAUCUUUUUAUACUGAUUAUAUAAGUUUUGAUUUGCAUAGUUAAGAAUAAAUAGCUUAAGCUAAACUAUUUAAGAAUGAAUAUAAUUUUUAUUAUCUUUUUCUUUUAACCAAGUGUUUGUGAUAAUAAUAAACUCAUAUCACAAUUAUGA